AUGAAAGUAACACAAAAGCCUAAGAUAAUAUGCAUCCCUUACCCGGCGCAAGGCCACGUUACCCCGAUGCUCCAGCUCGCAUUGGGCUUCGUCAGCCGUGGAUUCUGCCCUGUGGUUAUGACUCCCGAGUCUAUCCACCGUCGGAUCUCAACUACAAACGAGGAUCUUGGAAUCACGUUUUUGGCCUUAUCCGACGGUCAAGAACGUUCGGACGCACCUCCCUCGGACUUUUUUUCGAUAGAGAACUCGAUGGAGAACAUCAUGCCAUCUCAGCUCGAACGGCUCUUGCUAGAAGAAGACGUAGGUGUCGCAUGUGUUGUGGCUGAUUUGUUGGCUUCGUGGGCUAUAAGAGUGGCUGAUCGGUGUGGCGUUCCGGUUGCUGGAUUCUGGGCCGUCAUGUUCGCUGCUUACCGUGUGAUCGAAGCCAUACCAGAGCUCGUACGGACUGACAUAGUCUCUCGAAAAGGCUGUCCUCGUCAACCAGAAAAACCAUUAGUCUUACCGGAGCAACCGCUCCUAUCCGCCGGAGAUCUACCUUGGCUGAUCGGAACUCCGGCAGCUCAAAAAGGACGAUUCAAGUUUUGGCAAAGAAGCCUAGAACGAAUAAAAAGUCUCCGAUGGAUCUUGGCAAACUCCUUCAAAGAAGAAUAUAAUGAUGAAUUCUCUGAAGAUUUCAACAAAGAAAACAAUGGUCGAAACGCUCAAAUCUUUUACGUUGGUCCAUUACAUAACCAAGCAGCAACAAGUAAUAUGACUUUGACUAAGAAUCCUAGUUUCUGGAAAGAAGACAGAUCUUGUCUUGAUUGGCUCCAAGAUCAGAAGCCAAACUCAGUCAUUUAUAUCUCAUUUGGAAGCUGGGUUCCUCCUAUAGGAGAUUCAAAAAUUGGGACGUUGGCAUUGGCGUUAGAAGCGUCAGGGAGACCUUUCCUUUGGACACUAAACCGGGUUUGGCAAGAGGGACUACCACCAGGGUUUGUGCAUAGAGUCACCAUAGCCAAGAACCAAGGAAAGAUCGUGUCCUGGGCCCCGCAGGUGGAAGUUCUUAACAACGACUCUGUGAGUUGUUACGUGACUCAUUGUGGCUGGAACUCGAUCAUGGAGGCGGUGGCGAGUUCGAGGAGGCUAGUGUGUUAUCCAGUGGCCGGAGACCAGUUUGUGAACUGUAAAUACGUCGUGGAUGUGUGGAAGAUUGGGGUGAGAAUGAGCGGGUUUGGAGAGAAAGAGGUUGAAGAUGGGCUGAGAAAAGUAAUGGAGGAUAAAGAGAUGGGUGAGAGAUUGAAGAAGUUGAGAGAUAGAGCAAUGGGGAGUGAAGCUCGUUUGUGUUUGGAAAGAAAUUUUACCCUUUUUAAGGAUGUGAUAAGAUAG